GAAGGAUUCCAUUCAACAGAGCUGUCCAUUAUUUCCAUGUCAGAGUCACUUAGAAUCUCAGGAUCUAAAUCAAGCACUGAAUCAUUACUUUUGUCAUAUUUAUCCAAAAAGUCACUGAAAUCGGCCAAAGUACCACAAAAAACGAUUCUACAAUUACCUUCAGAGAAAGGUGUGCUGAAAUUAUUGAUAACUACUGUUUUCAAGUCAGCAACAACUGAUGAAAGAAGCAGAUUUACGAACAAUGUGGAAACAGGAAUUUUGGCAAGAAGGAUAUUUGCAUGAGUACUUUAAAGUAGCGACGUACGAAGACGCAACCCCAAAUCGAGACAUGACUGAUUUACAAAAGAAAAACAAGCUUAUUGUUUUACAUUGAAAAAUAUAUGACAA